AUGGGGGGAGAAAAAAAAAGAAGCCAUAUCAAGGAGCCCUCCCAGGCUCUGUUGCCCUGGCCCAAAACCCUUUCUCUAUAAACCAGCCUUCGCUUCUUUCUCCCUUUCAGAGUAGUCUCUCUUUAUCUCUCUCUAAUGGAAGACGACGACGAAUUCGGAGAUCUCUACACGGACGUGCUGCGACCCUUAUCCUCAUCUUUAUCUUCUUCUGCUCCGCAGGCCCAACAGCCUUAUCCCGCAUCUUCAUUGAUUCACCUUCCGAUCGAUGUCAAUCUUCACAAUCACAAAAACGACGUCCACGAUGACGAUACCUACGGUGCAUCCGGCCUCAAUCCCCCUGCUCCCUCUUAUCAAAACCUACCAAAUUCUGUCCAGAAUUCAUUUCCCGCUGAAAAUAAUUCAGCUGCUGGACCUAGGAUUUUGGGCGCCAAAUUACCUAAUAAUGCUUCAGAUAUUACUGAUUCUACAUCCGAUAAGCAGGAUAAAGACGUUACUUUUGAUAUCGAGGAGGGCAAUACUGGAAUUCCUGCAGAUUCUGGUCCAAUGAUCCCGGGACUCGCCGUUGAUGUAGAGGAUUCCAAGAGGAUUGAAGCUGAUGUUGGUGGCGGCCGCGAGGGAGAUGAAGAUUGGGAGGAAGACAGUGAUAGUGAAGAUGACUUGCAAAUAGUGUUGAAUGAUACUAAUCAUGGGCCUAUGGGGAUUGAAAGUGGAAUAAUGGGUGACGGUGGUGAUGACGAUGACGACGAGGAUGGAGAUCCACUCGUAAUUGUAGCUGACGGGGACCCAAAUCAGCCGAUAGAAGAACAAGAGUGGGGCGUGGGAGAGGAUGCGGCCGCAACAUCAGGGGCAGAAGGGGAAAGGAAAGAGGGCGGUGAGGCAGCUGGGAAAGGGAUUGCAGUGGCAGGACCGAAGAUUGGGUAUAGCAACCAUGGGUAUCAUCACUCGUUUCAUUCCCAGUUUAAGUAUGUGAGACCUGGUGCAGCACCAAUGCCUGGAGCUACUACUGUUGUUCCUGGAGGAGCACCAGGUCAAGUUCGUCCUUCUAUCAACAUGGCUCCUUUAGCUGGUCGUGGUAGGGGUGACUGGCGACCAGCAGGAAUUAAAAAUGUUCCUCAAAUGCAGAAGGGUUACCAUCCUGGUUUUGGAAUGCCUGUUUGGGGCAACAAUGUGGCAGGGCGAGGCUUUGGUGGUGGACUGGAAUUCACCCUUCCUUCCCACAAGACCAUUUUUGAUGUUGACAUUGAUGGUUUUGAAGAAAAGCCGUGGAAAUAUCCUGCCGUGGAUGUAUCUGACUUCUUCAACUUCGGUUUGAAUGAGGAAAGCUGGAAAGAUUAUUGCAAACAACUGGAACAACACCGAUUAGAAACUACCAUGCAAAGCAAAAUUCGUGUCUAUGAGAGUGGGCGAUCAGAGCAGGAUUAUGAUCCAGAUUUGCCACCAGAAUUGGCAGCAGCAACAGGUAUUCAUGAUAUUCGAGUGGACAAUUCAAAUCUUGGGAAGUCAGAUGUUGGACAAAGUGAUUUAACAAAAGGAGCUGCUCGCAUACGGCCACCAUUACCAACUGGACGGGCGAUACAAGUUGAAGGAGGUUAUGGUGAACGUCUCCCAUCUAUCGACACUCGACCGCCUCGAAUUCGUGAUUCUGAUGCAAUCAUUGAGAUUGUCUUGCAGGACUCUCUAGAUGAUGAUUCCUCCACAGGAAAUGGUGGUCUGGAUGGAGCAAACAAUGAUCCUCCAAGAGAUGACGUCAGAGGAAGCCAUAUACAUGAAGAGGACAUGGCGCAGAUAGAAACUGAAUAUUCCAAUGAUUUUCCACAAGGUUAUGGUAAUCGAAAAGGUGGGAGGAGGGCACCAUAUAUUGAUUCUGGUCGCAGUAACCUACCUGAGGGAGAUGUGAUUUUGCCCUUCCAUCCCAAAGCACCAUCUGAAUAUCAUACUGGUUCUAGGGGGCAGCCUUUGUUGUCUUGUGGGGAUUCUGCCCCCCCUCAUGAGGAAAGGCGGGGACAGGGAAGAACAAGUGACAUAUCGCCUCAUGUUACUCCUAGUGGUACACAGGAUAAAAGAUUCCUUGAUAAUGUUGAGGAAGAUUCAGUUGAAACCAUGGAUGGUAAACAUAGCCCGGUGGUGUCAUCUCCCACUGCAGUUAGGGAUGCAAGGCAGCUGAGUGUUGAGGACAAGGAUGUUACUGUGCCUAAUGAGCCUGUGCUAGCUGAAGGAAGUUCUGGAAUAGAAAAGGAUGAGAUGACUGAGAAUGAAGUAACCACAAAUGAUAGCAUAAAAGAUGGGAAUGCACACCAUUCCACAAAGAAACAAAAAUUAAGUUCUUGUGUUGAACAGUCUGCACUGCAAGAACUUGGUGAUGAGGACUCCAAGGAUGCAAGAAGCAGUGAAAACAGCAAAGCAAGAUCAGGUAGCAGCAGAGAUUAUCAGAAAUGGCAGGAUAGUGUUGAGGAGGAAGUAGUUCAAGAUCGUGGUGCUAGGCUUACGCGGAGCAUCAAGAGGCAACUUGACGAAAAUGAACAUUAUUUCCGAAGAAAAGAACGUGAUCCUAGACAAGAGAUGGAAAGAAAUCACAUGGGAAUAAAAGGUAGGGAGGGUUCUUAUCCUUGUAGGGAUUUGGACCCUACCUUGGCCCCUCAUUUGCAUGUAAGAAACGAAGGUUAUGGUAGGCGAAAGGAACGAGAAAAUCCUGAUGGAGCUUGGCAACGGAGGGAGGAAGAUCUGCAUAGCAGAAAAAGUAGAACUGAAGACACAAGGAAGAGGGAACGGGGAGAUGAAUUGGGAUCCAGGCACAGAAGUAAGAUAUGGGAAGGUGAGAGAAGCGACAGAGAGGAAUAUCUUCAUUCAAGAAAACAGUUGGACAAUGGCAGCUACAGGGUCCAUUACGACAAGGAUGGUGGCUCAAGGCACAGGGAAAGGGAAGAUAAUUUGAAGAGUAGGUAUGACAUAGCGGAUGAUCACCAUAGCAAGAAAGUGAAAGAUGAUGAAUAUUUAAGGAGUGACCACACUGAUAAGGAGGAGAUCUUGCAUGGCCACAGAGAAAGCAAAAGUCUUCGAAGGCGAGAAAGGGAUGAUGUUUUGGAUCCUCGAAAGAGAGAUGAUCAGCAAAGAAUUAGAGACAAUCUUGAUAAGUACCACUCUGUUAGGCACAAAGAUGAGGUCUGGCCCCAGAGGGAAAGGGGUGAAAGGCAAAGGGAGAGGGAGGAGCUGUAUAGGCUAAAACAAUCCCAUGUGGAAAAUUUAUCCAAGCGAGAAAAAGAAGAAGGACGAGGUUCUCUAAGGACUGGGCGUGGUGCAGAUGAUAAAGCAUGGAUUGGCCAGUCUAGGGUGAAGGAUGAAUACAGAGGUUCUGACAAAGAGUACCAACUAAAAGAUGCAGUUCGGAACAGUGAACUGCAGAAGAGAAGGGAUAGAAUGGAGGAUGAAAGUUAUUUACAUCAUAGGGGACGUGAUGAUGUUUAUGGACGGGGAAAUCAACUUAGUAAUGAGGAGAGAAGAUCCAGGCAAGAAAGAUCAAGCACUCGCAUUGAUCGUGCUGUUGACACACCUGAUAACCAAAGGGUGCAUGAGAAAAAGCAUAAAGAUAACAUGAGAAAGCAUAAAGAAUUUGAGGGGGGUGAUCACAACUCUUGGGGCCCUUCUAGAAGAAAUCAAGGGGAUCAGAGUGGUCACACUGAUGAGAUGGGGUUGAGGGGUGCGGCUGAGCAUGGAAACGUGGAGAAUGAGAUUACAACACAACACAACUCUACAAAAAGACACAAGGAAGAUGCAUCCUCUGAUGAUGAACAUCAUGAUUCAAGGAGAGGACGAUCAAAGUUGGAGCGUUGGACAAGCCAUAAGGAGAGAGAUUGUAGCAUCGGCAUUAAGCCAUCAACUUCCUUGACUUUUAAAGAAAUAGAUAGGAAUAACAACAUUGGAUCUUCAGAAGCAAACAAACCUGCAGAUGAAAUUCCUAAGAGAACUCAGGCUGUUGAAAAGCAUUCCUUGGCUGAAGAGAAAGACGCUGCUGAUGUUGAGAAUAAGGAAACUGAUGCUAGGCCAUUGGAGGAUCGUCACCUAGACACAGUUGAGAAGUUGAAGAAGCGAAGUGAGCGCUUCAAGCUUCCAAUGCCAAGUGAAAAGGAUGCCUUGGCAAUAAAAAAAAUAGAGAGUGAGGCACUAACUUCUGUCAAAACUGACUCUCCUGUCUACUCAGAGAUCAAAUCAGAAAGACCAGCUCGUAAACGAAGAUGGAUUAGUGGCUAAAAAGUGAAAUCAAUGGAUACGUUAUUAGGUUGAUCUAGUCCACGCAGAAAUCACUACUUGGCCUGAUUCUUUUAUGGCAUCGCCCUGAAGAUCCUGUAAUAUUUGGAUGAUAUGAUAUCUUAGGCUUCCAGGGAUGGCCAUUUACUUCAGCCAUAGUCGUCAUAUAAAUCUUGUAACCAUGUUGCUGCCAUACUUAUUUAAACGUUUUGUACAUACUAAUAGAUGUAACAUUGAACAUGCCACCAUAUGGUGGCACAGAAUUGCAUUUUUGUGUCGAUUCCAAUUAUAUUACACGGACUGCGAUCUGAAGGGACCCAACCAGACCUGGAAAUGUUGCUAAUGGGUUCUGGGAACGAGGUGUCGAGGCCAGAGUUUUCGAAUUCAGAUGGUAUUGAGGUUGAAAGAUAUGUUACGAAGGAGAAGUGAAGCAACAAAACCAAUUUUCAAUAUCUAUGGAAAACUUGCAUCUGGAUAAGUAGUGAAAUUAUACAUUGUGUACUAUGUUUGUGGAUUUAUCAUUUUUUUUUGGCCUAGUUUUUAUUUGGACAAGUAGAUGGAAAUGCACAUAUUGAAAGCUUCAUCUGUA